CAGUUCAUGGGUUGUUAACAAGUGUCAAUUUGUCUUGAUGAUUUGCCAUUUAAGUUCAGUGAACUGUUUUGUCGUGGUGGGCUUGUUUAUUGUUUUCAGAUAUUUAACAAGUGAGAUACGGAAGAAAUAUCAGGGUCACUGCAAUUGCCCAAGCUUCAUUGUCCGGUGGAAUGAAUGAUCUCUAAUACAGUUAACAGUAACUUGGAGAAAAGCGACACAGUGUCAGUUCGCAGUGAAGUGAAUGUUCAAUAUAUAAGCAAGCACCGGAGACCGCAACUGGGAGAUCAGAGUCAAGUUAGAAAAUGUCUAAUUCAUUCAGAAAGGGGGUGGGCACGAUAUCUGUCUAUAAUCCAGACAGCAAGCAGUUACGUGGGAGAAAGUUGACAGUUUCGCCCAAUGCUCCCGCCCUCCAAUGUGCACGAAGACAACUAUUUUGAAUCCAGGAUUGUGCAGUUGCCGCUUGCCUCCAGUAUAUGUCUCUCAGACACAUACAUACAGAGCUGAGUGAGAACAGUUCGCAAUGUGCUUCCUUCAUUCAUUCCCUGCAACUUGCCGAUAGCGGUUAGAGAGAGUGUGUGCUCACAUUGAUCAGUGUGAGACAGGUAGGUGCGGCACGGAUGGGAAAGGAUUUGGGAGUGAUGCUCCGUCUCUGGGCUCUGGAGAGCCGGGUUGGAUCAACACGAGGAUGACUUGCCGAAGAGCUUGCAAACUGUGGUUCUGUCUGCUCGCCCUGUGUGCCUGGCUAGCGAGCGGGAGAUGCCCUAAGAGCAAGAGGAAUUUGUUGAUCGCCACGGGGGCUCUGUUGUACGCCUGCUUUGUGGUACUGCAGGGAGAUGUCUUACCUCGGGAGAGGCUGGACCGAACUGCGGGAGAGAGGCACAGCCAGCUCGGCCGGCUGAUGACCAGCACUCUCCCAACCCGGGGGAGACAGCCGUACAACUUCACCUCCAACCCCAAAGUGGUGUACAUCACCCUCCGCUCGAAAAGGAGGAAGCCGGUUAAAAUCAGAGGCACCGUGAGGCCAAAAACCAGGAAGAAACGUUCGGCUGUGCAGGAGAAUGCUGCUGCUCUGAUGGUGAGCCGGGACAAUCUGGCCCCAUCCGGUGGCAAACCGAGGGGUAACCCGUCCUCACCUUCUCGAGGGGCAGCCCCUGAGAGGGUGAGAAGCAGCGGCGAUGCCGCCUCCAGCAAUAUCCGGAUUUACAGUGACAGUGCCCCCUUUUGGUUCAGCCAGGGGGAUAUCGCCGCCAUGCGCUUCCUGGCCGAUUCCGGCAUUGGCCGCCUCCAGAGGCUUAUCCUCCCGGGCCGCCGGCCCCUCCUCCUCUUCCAAGGUGCGGGUAACCACCAGCGUCCCCCAAAGGCGAACGAAGGGAAAACCGGCCGAACGUCGAGCUGCCGGGCACCGUGCGGGCUCUUAAAGACCCCGGCGGAUACCAGCGAAGUCUUCGCUUUCCAUCUCGAUAGGAUUCUGGGUCUCAAUAGGAGUCUGCCCGCUGUGGUUCGAAGGAUUCAGUCUGUUCAAGAUGGUCUGCCUCGUCCUGUUAUUCUUUGGGAUGAUUCCUUGUCAAUCACCAGUAAUGAUACCCAGUCGACAGUCAAAUUGAAUUGGACGUCUUAUCAACAAUCACUAAAAUGGAAGUGUUGGGUUCAUGGCAAAGUACCUAAACCAGACUGGAGUUGUACUGAUAUUCAUCACUAUGAAUGGUGCAAACUAGCUCUUUUUGAUUUUUUGCUGCAGAUUUAUAAUCGCCUUGACAGAAGUUGCUGUGGAUUCAGACCCAGAAAAGAAGAUACUUGUGCUCGAAAUGGCUGGAAAAUGAACUGUGACAAUCAGGAUAACAUCAGUUUAGUUCAUAUCAUAUAUAGAGAAGAUGAUCAUCGACAUUUAGUAUUCAUAGACAAUAAAGGCUACUUUGACAGAAAUGAAGAUAAUUUAAAUUUUAAAGUGCUAGAAGGAAUAACUGAAUUUCCAGAAUCUGCUGUAUCGGUCCUAAAAAACGGACAUCUUCGAGAAAGGCUUCUUCAGUCUUUGUUCAUUGACAAACUUUAUUGGGAAAGUCAAGGAGGUCGCAGAGGAAUUGAGAAACUGAUUGAUGUGAUUGAAAAGAGAGCAAUGAUUUUUCUUACUUAUAUUAAUGCACAUGGAUACAAGGUUCUCCCGAUGAAUGAGUAACUGUUUGCACUAUUGGUUAAUAUCAACUAUCAAUUACAAUAAUUAAUAUCACAUAUCAGUUAUAACAUAGGUUCAUUCCUCAACAUUGUGCUUUCUUGCUGUUAUGACUUUUCUCUAUUAAUUUCUUCAUAUGUAAACUUUAUACUGCAGAAGCACUUACAAUCAUCAAAAGGUAUGACUGAUGUUUAAGAGACAGGAUGAGUGGAGGCAAACAAAAAUUACUUGCCAGCAAAACUACUUAAGAUGGAAGGUAGUUCAAGGGAAGCAUCUUUACAUGCUGAAUACUGAAGAAAUAAAUUUAUCAAAGUUUUCCUUAA